GCGAUCUUCACGUUGACAUUCAUGAAGUGGUACCAGGAACGGCUGGCUAGUACGCGUAUAUCGGUAAGGACCCAGGCGCUCCUCCGUGGCUUACAGUAUUGUUUAGUUCCAGGUGCGACCCGCAGUAAUCUGCUCACGGUGAUGUACCAUGACGGAGCCUUGGCCUACCUGGUCGUGAAAGCGGUCUGGAUUGCCAACUUACUGAUGACAGUCCUCGCACCAGUGAGUCAGCCGCUCUCACACGCAUCGAUGGAUCUGGCAUGAUCUUCGUCGUCUUCAGGUGGAACUAUCCACAUCCUUGAUGAUGCCUCUCCGUAUCGUGCAUAGUACCGUGUGCACGAGGGUGCUACUGAACAUCCGCAAAUUUGCCGCUGCUCGACGUCGUGGCGGGACCAGUCUGGAGCAGUCAAGAGCAUGGGACCUGGCCGCCCAAUCCUGUCCCUUUCCCGGAGAGGACAGACACGACCCCCCAACUCAUGAAGACCAACCAAUACCACCAGCACCGAGACCGAUGAUGAUC